GGAAAGGACCCAGUCGGUUCAACGGUCUAACGACUGACAACAAUGUUUUGAUCAUAUAAAUCGAGCUUGAUAUUUGCUCCUUAGCCAAGCAACCUCACUUCAUCAUAAUGCGGGGCAUUCAUUUGUUGUUCGCAACAUUGAUGUUAUUUCUUCUAUCAUCCGCUCAAACACUCGUUGCUAUCAAUGAUUUCUCAAUAUCAGAACCAUCACCUUCAAAAUCCCCUAGUACAACAAACCUAGAGUCCUCGAGCUCGAGGAAGGAUGAAUCGACAUCCACGUUAUCUACAGCCACAUCAUUGAUCACAAACACAAUCGCUAUCUCUUCUAUUCUAUCAGCCUCUUCAACGUCUGGAGCAGAGCACUCGGCCGGCAAUGCCGGAGUUGCAUCAACAGCCACAACGAGUGAUCUUCUAUCGACUCCAACAGCAGCUUCAUCUACAAGUUCUGGUAUUAAUCGCAAUACACUGAUAAUCAUUCUCGCCUCCGUCCUCGGUACACUCGCUAUCGUUGUUGUUUCAAUUGCUAUAUAUCUUUUCAAGCGAUAUCGAAGGGAACGUAGUUUCACAGGAAGAGGAGUUACUCCGAUAGACGAUAGCGAAAUUGAAUCAUGGCGACGCUCUGGGAAUGAAAGGAAAGUGUUUAUGGGUGAAGACUUGGUAUUCGACAAAGAGACUGGAGGUCGAGAUUUCUUUCAAUCCAAUACAAUACAAAUGGCGCACUCUCCGGGCUGGACGUGGACUGCUUCUCCUACAUCUAUUCGAACACGAUCUACAUUUUACCCUUCAGGUAUCUCAGGAUACGUACCUGAUACCCCUACUUUCCUCGCCCAGGCUCCGAACGCUAGAGUUGGCCUUACAGACGAAAUCAUGCCGGGAGCGGAACCAUUCAUAAAACCAACCGAACGGCAUAGAUCAAGGUUGUCGAAGUCAGGAGGUCAUGCACGCACGAAGAGCAGAAGGAGUAGUCUUAGUGCGAGAAGCAUGUGGAGUAUCAAAAGUGGCAAUGGAGGCGAAUCAAAAGAAUUAAGAGCCAACGACAGGGUAGCAACAUGGUACGAUCCAGAAGAUGACUUCCGAAUCCAUAAAGAUUACAACCACAGAGACUACAACGAUUCACCCAUGUCAUUUCGAGAAAUGACGCCAGGCCCGGGGACUCCUGGGCCAGUCACAUCAUUAUCACCAAGACCACCACCGCGUGUUGCGAACCCGUCGUUCUGGGAUAACGACCGUGAGAUUGGGUUGGCCAUCUCAUAGUAUUAGGCCUGGACGCCAGUUCUUUUUCUUAAAUGCAUUGUUUGGGUUAUGGGGGCAGUGGAGUUAGUUUGUUAUAAAUGACGGAGGGUUACAUAUAUUGAUACCAAGGAGGAUUUGUUCAUAUUGGUGGAGCUUGACAACUCGGGGAAGAAACCAUGCUAAUCGGUGCAACAUUGUUGGCACUUGUGGACUGGGAAUUUGAAAUUCACCACUCGAUGAGAGAUUUUAGUUAUGAUAUGCACAGUCCGGUGACUGAAGCAACAGAAGAAAUACACAUAGGCAUGAUAUAGCA